AUGAGCGGAGAGAAGAUCCACGGCGGCCGCCUCCGCCGCCGCCGCUUUCUCUCUGUUUCGGUGUCCUUGGUCGUGGUCGUGCUGUGCUCGUCGCCGUUCCUAGCGCGCGCUGCCGACGAGGACGGGGAGUCCCAAGGCGAAAAUCAGGCGGCCACCCAGCUCUUCGCCCAGCUCCUGUACAGCCAGGUCUCCAAUUUCACGUCGGUCUUCCGCGGCGACAUUGCCAAGAAUUUCGGUUUCUGCAUUCAGGACGUGGAUGCUGACUGGGAUGGCGCAUUCAAUUUUACCUCAGACUUGACCUUUUUAACUGCGUGCGCUAAAAAAACGAAAGGAGAUCUUUCGCAGCGCCUGUGCACGGCAGCAGAUAUAAAGUUUUACUUCAAUAGCUUUUUCACCACUAAGAGAGCCAGCUACUUGAAACCUAACAAGAACUGCAAUCUUACGUCGUGGGUUCCGGGAUGCGAACCAGGAUGGGCUUGUAGUGCUGGUUCCGGUAAAAAAGUCGACCUAAAGAAUUCCAAGGACAUGCCUGCUCGAACUAGUGAUUGUUCUCCUUGUUGUGAAGGUUUCUUCUGUCCUCAUGGAAUGACCUGCAUGAUACCCUGCCCAUUGGGCUCUUAUUGUCCUCUUGCCAUACUCAAUAAAACCACUGGUGUAUGCGAUCCAUACCAUUACCAGCUUCCACCUGGGCAACCAAACCAUACUUGUGGAGGAGCAGAUGUGUGGGCAGACAUUGGUAGUAGCAGUGAGGUAUUCUGUUCAGCAGGAUCAUACUGUCCGUCUACUAUCAAAAAAAAUUCUUGCAGUAAGGGACAUUACUGCAGAACAGGGUCUACAUCUGAACAAAGUUGUUUUCAGUUUGCCAAAUGUGAACCAAAAUCAGAAAAUCAAAAUAUCACUGCGUAUGGUCUCAUGCUCUUUGCUGGAUUAAGUGUUUUGCUUGUUGUCAUAUAUAACUGCUCAGACCAAGUGCUUGCUACUCGAGAGAGAAGACAAGCCAAAUCACGUGAAAAAGCUGUAAGAAGCGUAAGAGAAACUGCUCAAGCACGUGAAAAAUGGAAAUCUGCAAGAGAUGUAGCCAAGAAACAUGCGCUUGGGCUCCAAACGCAACUAUCGCGGACAUUUUCUCGCAGGAAAUCUACAAAGCAACCAGAUCCUUCAAGAGGUCUGUUUCAAGCUAAACCUGGAAGUGAUGCUGCCCUGCCACCAUUUCCAGGUAAGCCUGAGCAAUCAUCUUCUGCAGCUAAAGGGAAUAAGAAGGACAAAAACAACCUCACGCAGAUGAUGCAUGCAAUUGAUGCUGACCCUGAGAGUGAUGAAGGCUUUAAUCUUGAGAUUGGGGAUAAGAAUCUGAAAAAGAACAUGCCAAAGGGCAAGCAACUGCAUACCCAUAGUCAAAUCUUCAAGUAUGCCUACAAUCAAAUUGAAAAGGAAAAAGCUUUGCAAGAGCAGAACAAAAAUUUAACCUUCUCUGGAGUGAUUUCCAUGGCGACUGAUAUCGAAAUCAGAAAAAGGCCAACCAUUGAGAUUGCUUUCAAGGAUUUAACCCUUACAUUGAAAGGAAAAAAGAAGCACCUUCUAAGAUGUGUAACUGGGAAAAUAUCACCUGGCCGUGUUUCUGCUGUUAUGGGCCCAUCUGGAGCAGGAAAAACUACGUUUCUUUCUGCUUUGGCUGGAAAGGUAACUGGGUGCACCAAGAGUGGCAUGAUUCUUAUAAAUGGGAAGGUAGAAUCAAUCCAUUCAUACAAGAGAAUUAUUGGUUUCGUGCCACAAGAUGAUAUAGUGCAUGGGAACUUGACCGUGGAGGAAAACCUUUGGUUUAGCGCAAGAUGCAGACUCUCUGCGGAUCUACCAAAGGCGGAAAAGGUUCUUGUUGUUGAACGAGUUAUUGAAUCUCUGGGGCUGCAGGCGGUGCGGGACUCUCUUGUUGGUACAGUAGAGAAGCGAGGAAUCUCUGGAGGUCAAAGGAAACGAGUAAAUGUUGGUCUGGAAAUGGUCAUGGAGCCUUCACUUCUGAUAUUAGAUGAGCCCACAUCUGGUCUGGAUAGUUCAUCUUCUCUGUUACUUCUCAGAGCUCUACGACGUGAAGCUCUUGAAGGAGUGAACAUUUCCAUGGUUGUCCACCAACCAAGCUAUGCAUUGUUUAGGAUGUUUGAUGAUUUGAUACUUUUAGCCAAAGGUGGCCUAAUAGUAUACCAUGGUUCAGUGAAGAAAGUUGAGGAGUACUUUUCAAGCCUAGGGAUUACUGUACCUGACCGGGUUAACCCUCCAGAUCACUAUAUUGAUAUUUUGGAAGGUAUAGUAAAACCAAGCACGAGCUCUGGGGUCAAUUAUAAACAGCUUCCUGUCAGGUGGAUGCUGCAUAAUGGGUAUGCUGUACCCCACGACAUGUUAAAGCUAGUUGAUGGAAUGUCAUCCACUGCCGGUGAGGAUUCAGCUCAUGGAGGGAAUUCUGGUGAUGCUGGAUUAGAAGAACAAUCUUUCGCUGGAGAUCUGUGGCAGGAUGUCAAGUUUAAUGUUGAACGGAAAAGGGAUGAUAUACAACAGAAUUUCUUAAAGACGAAGGACUUAUCUGAUAGGGUUACACCUGGUGUACUGCUACAGUAUAAGUACUUCCUAGGGAGAGUCGGCAAGCAGCGGCUGCGAGAUGCUAGGAUCCAAGCUGUAGAUUUCUUGAUAUUGUUGCUGGCUGGAGUCUGUUUAGGAACACUUGCUAAAGUUAACGACGAGACGUUUGGGGCACUUGGGUACACAUACACCGUGAUAGCUGUGUCUCUGCUCUGUAAGAUUGCAGCUUUGAGAUCAUUUGCACUGGACAAGUUACAUUACUGGAGAGAGAGCUCUUCUGGCAUCAGUGCCCUAGCUUACUUUUUGUCGAAGGACACAAUUGACCAUUUCAACACACUCAUUAAGCCUUUGGUCUACCUUUCUAUGUUCUAUUUCUUCAACAAUCCGAGAUCGUCUUUCAUAGACAACUAUAUAGUUCUGGUCUGUUUAGUGUACUGCGUCACAGGAAUUGCAUACAUAUUUGCCAUCGUUUUCGAGCCUGGUCCAGCCCAACUGUGGUCAGUUCUUCUUCCUGUUGUGUUGACCCUCAUUGCAACACGCGAGAGUACUGAUAACUCAUUUGUGGAGAUUAUAGGAGAGUUGUGCUACCCAAAGUGGGCUUUGGAAGCAUUUGUGAUAGCAAAUGCGAAAAGAUAUGGUGGAGUAUGGUUAAUAACACGAUGCGGUUCACUUAUGAAAAGUGGCUAUGACCUCAAUCACUGGAGUCUUUGUCUUGUCUUUUUAGUUCUUAUGGGCGUAGCUUGCCGUAUCAUUGCUUUCUCUUGCAUGGUCAUUCUCCAAACGAAAUAGAUUCAGCCAAUACUUCUUUGAGACGAUGGAGAGAAUCAAUCCCAACGUGAUCACCUUUUUUUGGGGACCUAUAGCCAGAGGCAGAGUGCUCAACGAUAGCCAACGACCUUUAAAGGAGGUGCAGAUACUCUCAAAUCUCGUACAGGCCUUGCCUACGCAGGCAGUGGAUUGAUAGCAGAUUGGUAUAUGUGGGCACCCUGCAAGGUCCAGGAAGGAACUUGUUUCCGAUUUUUCUCCGCUAUGCUGAGCUGAAGCAACGGGUAUCACUAGUUUGUGUAUCUGUGAAUGUGUGUCGGGAUGUGUUUAAACGGGGUAUUUGUACAAAAUUAGGAGAUGAAUCAUGGAAAUACACUUUCUAAGUUAUGCUCUUGAGAUAUGAAUUGGUUUUCUUUGUA